UGCGGCUGGGAGCGCUGCGCAAGCGUCUUUUAUUUCCUCCGGCUGGUGCGGGUGUUGGGACCUUGGUUUCGCCGCCUCCGCUGCAUCCCGCUGGAGGCUAAGUCUGCGAGGAGCGCCGCCGCCAUGGACCCCGCGGAGCCCGAGCUCCCGGGCGACGCCCCGGGCCCGCGGCCUCCUCCGAGCGCGCUCUCGGAGCCCGACGCUCAGGGGCACAGUGCGAGUGGCGACUCAGGCACCAUGAGCCGCGACACGGAGGUGGACAUGAAGGAGGUGGAGCUCAGCGAGCUGGAGCCCGAGAAGCAGCCGAUGGCGGCGGGCGGCGAGAAGAACGGGCUGGUGAAGGCGAAGGCCGCGGGCGGCGCGGAGCCCGCGGCGGGCGCCAAGUUCACCGGGCUGAGCAAGGAGGAGCUGCUGGCGCGCUGCGGGAGCGCCUCGAUUACUUGAGCACCCUGAAGGUGAAGGGCCUCGUGCUUGGGCCCAUUCACAAGAACCCGAAGGAUGACUUGGCAGGAACCGACCUGCAGCAGAUCGACCCCACUCUUGGUUCCGAGGAAGACUUCAACAGCCUCCUCCAAGCAGCCAGGAAAAAGAGCAUCCGUGUCAUCCUGGACCUCACUCCCAACUACCGGGGCCAGAGCUCCUGGUUCCUCCCCGAGCAGGAGAAUGCCACCGCCACCAAGGUGAAGGAAGCGCUGAGCUUUUGGCUGAAGGGUAGAGUGGACGGAUUCCAGGUCCGGGAUGUGGAUAACCUGAUGGGUGCGUCGUCCUUCCUGGCUGAGUGGGAGAACGUAAUCAAGAGCUCCAGUACAGACAGGCUCUUGGUUGCAGGCACCAACUCCUUCGACCUGCAGCAGCUCGUGAGCCUCCUCAACUCCACGCAGGAUAUGCUUCUGACCAGCUCCUACCUGUUGAGCUCCAACGGCAUGGGGGAACACAUGAAGUUCCUGGUCACCCAGUAUCUGAAUGGCACAGCUGGCCGCUGGUGCAGCUGGAGUGUGUCGCAGGCCCACCUCCUGACAUCCUUCGUGCCUGCUCAGCUCCUCCCGCUGUACCAGCUGCUGUUCUUCACCCUGCCAGGCACCCCUGUGUUCAGCUAUGGAGAUGAAAUCGGCCUGCAGAUUGUCACCCGUCCUGUAGAGCCGGCCGAGACCCUAGUCAUGCCAUGGGAUGAGUCCAGCCUCCCUGAUACCUCCAGGUUUACAGGUGCCAAUGUGACAGUGAAGGGCCAGAGUGAGGACCCGUCCUCCCUGCUGUCUCUGUUCCGGAGACUCAGCGACCAGCGGGAGAAGGAGCGCUCCCUCCUGCACGGCGACUUCCAUGCGCUGUCCCUCCCAUCUCCCCUGUUCGCCUACUUGCGCUACUGGGACCAGAACGAACGCUUCCUGGUGGUGCUCAACUUCGGGGAUGUGGGGCUGUCGGCCAUGCUUGGGGCCUCAGCCCUGCCUGCCAGUGCCAGCCUGCCGGCCCAGGCCAGGCUGCUGCUCAGCACCCGACCUGGCCGAGAGGAGGGCGCCAGUCUGGAACUGGGAGCCCUGAAGCUGGAGCCCCAUGAGGGGCUGCUGCUGCACUUUCCCUAUGAGGCCUGACCCGCCCCGCCCCGCCCUGGGCCCUGUUUUUCUCCCUCAUUUAAUGUUUGCGGGCUAUUAGAUGAAACCCAUUCAAAUAAAAGGCACCCUGCCUGGUGAGGUCUUGCCAGCC